GGAUCACCGAUCCAUGGAAAGAGCCGAAGAUGUCGGCUUGGUCAUGUGAUCAGCUGUGUCCAAUCACAGCUGAUCACAUGGGACAUCUACACUGAUCAUCAGAGCACUGAUGAUCAGUGUGCCCUGAUGAUCAGUGUAGCCCCAGCAGUGCCACCUGUCAGUGUCCAUCAGUGCCAGCUGUCAGUGCUCAUCAGUGCCACAUCAAUGCCACAUAUCAGUGCCUACCAGUGCACAUCAAUGUCACAUAUCAGUGCCCAUCUGCGCUGCCUUUCAGUGUCACCCAUCAGUGCCAGUCAGUGCCACCUAUCAAUGCUAAUCAGUGCCACCUAUCAGUGCUGCCAAUCAGUGCCACCUAUCAGUGCCAGUCAGUGCUGCCUAUCAGUGCCAGUCAGUGCCGCCUAACAGUGCCAGUUAGUGCCACCUAAUAGUGCCAGUCAGUGCCACCUAUCAGUGCCAUAUAUCAGUGCUGCCUUUCAGUGCCCAUCAGUGAUGCCUGUCAAUGCCCAUCAGAGUUACCUACCAGUGCCUCCUCAUCAGUGUCCAUCAGUGCCACCUAUCAGUGUCCAUCACUGCAGCCUCAUUAGCGCACAUUAGUGAAGGAGCAAAAUCACUUAUUUACAAAAUGUUAUAACAAAAACUAAGAAAAAACGUUUUUUUUUUUCAAAAUUUUCAGUGGUUUUUGGUUUAAGAAAAAAUAA